CAUGAAAAAAUAAUAGUGAAACAUGAUUAACCUCACGGAAGAAGAUGCUGGCUUAGCUGUGCUAGAGAAGUUGACGUCCAACGUGAAGCAAAUACAAGAUGCGGUACUGAAAGAGAUACUAACAUGUGAUGCCAACACGGAAUACCUUCGGAGUUUUCUCCGUGGGAGUUCAGAUAAAGAGCUUUUUAAGAAGAAUGUUCCGGUAGGAACCUAUGAAGAUUUUAAGCCAUACAUUGAGCGUGUCGUGAAUGGCGAGCCAUCAGAGAUCAUUUCGGGCAAGCCUAUUACUGGAUUCAUACUAACGUCUGGAACUUCAGGCGGAAAACAGAAGUUGAUACCUUUGAAUAACAAGUACUUGGAGAACGCUAGAUUAUUAUUUGAUCUUCGAUACCUCGUAUUAUCCAAGCAUGUCGAUGGUCACAACGAAGGAAAAGGGCUGCAUCUCAUCUUCCUUAAACCAGCUUCCAAAACUCCAUCUGGUUUGCCAGCUUCAUAUGCUACUACACAUUUCAUGAAAAGCGAUUACUAUGUGAAGAACCUACCAUCAUAUUGGGAUACUUCGAGCACAAGUCCCACUGAAAUCAAAUUUUGUCCUGACAAUAAACAAAGUCUAUACUGUCAUCUCCUUUGUGGUCUUGUCCUGAGAGAUGAAGUUACAAGAGUAAGUGCUAACUUUGCUUCUAUCUUGGUUCAAGGAAUCACUUUUCUUGAAAACUUUUGGAAAGAAAUGUGUAGUAACAUACGAUCAGGUCAGCUUAGUUAUUGGAUCACUGAUAACUGCAAGGACUCUGUUUCCAUGAUACUUGGAGGGCCUAAUCCUCAACUGGCAGAUAUAAUAGAAGACAUAUGCAACCAGAAGUCAUGGAAAGGUAUUAUUCCACAGCUUUGGCCCAAAACCAAAUAUAUCGAAUGCAUUGUUACAGGACAGAUGGCUCAACAUGUUCCAUUAUUGGAGUUUUAUGUAAAUGAUCUACCUCUCGUUUCCCCAAACUAUGCUUCUUCUGAAGCCAUGUUUGGGGUAAAUUUGAAUCCUCUAUGCAAACCACAAGAUGUCUCCUACACAUUUCUACCCAAUAUGUCAUACUUUGAGUUUAUACCGGUUGGUGAAGGAAACGACACAAUUGUUGAUCUUGUGAACGUAAAGUUAGGUCGCUACUAUGAACUUGUAGUCACUAAUUAUGCUGGUUUACAUCGUUAUAGAGUGGGUGACGUUCUACAAGUGACUGGAUUUUACAAUAGUGUACCACAAUUUAAAUUUAUUCGAAGACAAAACGUGGUCCUAAGUGUUUAUUUGGAGGCAACAACAGAAGAAGACCUUUUAAAAGGAGUGACUCAUGCAACACAAGUACUUAAAUCUUCAGAUAUAAUGUUAAGGGAUUUCACAUGCUAUCCUCAUGUCUCCGACGUUCCAGGUCACUAUGUUCUCUACUGGGAACUCAAAGGCAACAACGAGGAUGGCAUUAGUGAGCUUAACACCAAUAUGUUGGUGGAAUGUUGCUCAGUAGUAGAGGAAUCACUUGGUGCUCUUUACAAGAAAUAUCGGAGCAAGGAAGGAUCUAUUGGACCUUUAGAGAUACGGGUGGUUCAACAAGGAAGUUUUGACGCUCUCAUGGAAUAUUUCAUUUCUCAAGGUGCUUCUCUAGCUCAAUACAAAACACCUAGAUGCAUAAAAUCUUCUGAGGCCUUACAAGUUCUUGAAAACAGGGUUCUUGCUCGUUUUUUCAGUGAGAAAUUACCUUAAUGUUAGUUGGGCUCAACUUCUACAUUUUCAUAAUAAUCUCUAUCUGGCGCUAUUGUAUUAAAACUCGA